AUGGCUCCUCAAUCGGCGAAGCGGAGUUCCGCCAAAGACGACGAUUUCGUGUUCACGCUCUCUGACGACGAGACUGAGCCCCGGUUCGAAGAAGACGAUGACGACAACGAGAUGCAGGAUGACAAUGCGCCAUCAGUAGACAACAAAAAGCGCAAGCGCGAGGUCGAAGCCGCCAAGCCCAAGAACAAGAAGCAGAAGCAGCAAGAAAAGCAGCAAUUGAAGAACGCCAAGAAGAACAAGAAGAACACCGAACCCGUACCCGAACCCGAGUCGGAAGAGGAAGAAGAUGAUGAUGCUGCAGCGGACGCGACAGAAGACGACGGCGUCUUGAACCCCGAGUUCGAGUUCGAUGUUGGCGGUGUCGCGAACCGUGGUGUCACUGAAGGCUUCGAUGGUUGGGGUAUUGAUGAUAACGCGGAGAAGCGCUCUGGUGAUAAGAAGGCUGUCGACAUCGAUGAUAUCAUUGAGCGCAGGCAGGCCAAGAAGGCCGAGGCUGCUGCUAAGAAGCAAAAGAAGAAGGCCACCGAGGAAGAGGAGGAGAGCGCAUCCGAAGACGAGGCCGCAUCGGGCGACGAAAUGCCCGUCGACUUCGAGGACGAUGAGCUUAUGGCCGACGAUGCCUUUGGCAUGGGUGCGGAUGGCGAGGAGGAGAGCGAUGCCGAGGGCCCCGAGCCCGGCUCUGGAGACGAAGAUGAGGAUUCCGAUGAGGACAAGGACGAGAACGAGGAUUCGGAUGACGAUGCUGCAUCUGACAAUGACUCUGUUGCCACACCCGUUGGUCACCCAGAUGAUAUCGGCUCAGACCAAGAGUCCGAUGUAGAGAGCGUGGUGGACGAGGAGGAAGCAGAGAAGCGCAAGGCGUUCUUCGCCCCCGAAGAAAAGGUCGACACCAAGGCAAACAUGGCCAAGAUGACUUUCCAAGAAUUCAACCUUUCCCGCCCCAUUCUUCGAGGUCUCGCCUCAGUUGGAUUCACAGACCCCACUCCUAUCCAGCGCAAGGCAGUCCCCGUUGCUUUGCUGGGCAAGGAUAUUGUCGGUAGUGCCGUGACAGGUUCAGGAAAGACUGCUGCCUUCAUGAUUCCUAUUCUCGAGCGUCUUCUCUUCCGUCCCCGCAAGGUCCCUACAAGUCGUGUUGUGGUCCUGAUGCCCACUCGUGAGUUGGCUGUUCAGUGUUACAACGUUUCCGUCAAAUUGGCCACCUUCACAGAUGUCACAUUCUGUCAAUUGGUCGGUGGUUUCAGUCUUCGCGAGCAGGAGAACGUGCUCAAGAAGCGUCCCGAUGUCAUCAUCGCCACUCCUGGUCGUUUCAUUGAUCACAUGCGCAACUCUCCCAGCUUCACAGUCGAUACCCUCGAGAUUCUCGUUCUUGAUGAGGCCGAUCGUAUGCUUGAAGACGGUUUCGCCGACGAGUUGAACGAAAUUCUCACCACCAUUCCCAAGUCUCGUCAGACUAUGCUGUUCUCCGCGACCAUGACUGACUCAAUUGACAAGCUCAUUCGUGUUGGUAUGAACCGCCCAAUGCGGUUGAUGGUUGAUGCCAAGAAGAACACUGUAUCAACACUUGUUCAGGAGUUCGUGCGUCUCCGCCCUGGACGAGAGGACAAGCGUCUCGGUUACCUUCUCCACCUCUGCAAAGAAAUCUACACAAAGCGCGUCAUUAUCUUCUUCCGACAAAAGAAGGAAGCUCAUCGCGUCCGCAUCAUCUUCAGUCUAUUUGGCCUGAAGGCAGCUGAGCUGCACGGUAGUCUGAGCCAAGACCAGCGUAUCAAAUCCGUUGAAAACUUCCGAGAUGGCAAGGUUGCCUUCCUUCUCGCUACCGAUGUUGCGUCCCGUGGUCUGGAUAUCAAGGGUGUCGAGACUGUCAUUAACUACGAAGCUCCCCAGAGCCACGAGAUCUACCUGCACCGUGUUGGUCGUACCGCCCGUGCCGGCCGCUCUGGUCGUGCUUGCACAAUCGCCGCCGAGCCCGACCGUAAGAUCGUCAAGCUUGCUGUCCGAGCAGGAAAAGCACAAGGUGCCAAGAUUGCCAGUCGUGUGAUCGAGCAAGCCGUUGCAGACAGCUGGGCCCAAAAGGCUGAGGAUCUGGCCGACGAAGUCACCGAGAUCUUGCAGGAAGAGAAGACCGAGAAGCAGUUCUCCCAGGCUGAGAUGCAGUUCACCAAGGGUGAGAAUCUCAUGAAGCACGGCCACGAGAUCAUGUCGCGGCCAAAGCGCACGUGGUUCGAGACCGAGAAGGACAAGAAGGUUGCUCGCAAACUGGGUGCUGUCGAGCUCAACGGUCCCAAUACCAAGAAGAGCAAUGUCAAGCUGAGCAACAAGGACAAGAAACGUCUGGAUGAUGCACAGAUGAGACACGAUGGUAAUAUCGGGUGGAAGAAGGGUAAGGGCGAUGCCGCCAAUGCGAAGGCGCCCAACGGCAAGGGUAAGGGCAAGGGUCCCAAGAAGGGAAAGAAAUAA